UCUGGCUCUCUCUCUCACUUUAGCUUUCAGAAAUUCAACUCUUCUAUCAUUGCCCAUUCUCUCGUUCGGAGCAGGAGGUGUCAUACAUCAACAGGCCUGCCAAGCCUCCUUCAUUGAAACCCACUUUCUCCCAUUCGUUUUGCUUCGUUUUGCCUGUCCCCAGCAUCUCGACACUCAUCCACCCUCCGUGUGGCAACAGUUUGAAAGGGCCAAGAGUCGACAGCCGCCGCACAACUCACACGCCUCAGCCGAGAACUACCAGCAAAGGGGGAACAAAGCCUUCUUCCGCCUUUCGGUGUUCCCACCAUCACAGCUCCCGUGAUCCCACGAGGCAGCGGCACAAGAGGAAACCCCACGUCAACUUGCACCCGCCUCUCUUGUGUGAUUCCUGAACGAGGUCAUAGUUUGACAAAGCGGGUCAGGAGUCUCUCUCUUGAGGGUACAAGUCUUGCCGCCCUGGGCUAAAAACAAAAACAAAUCUGGGUUGUGGGCGAAAAAAGAAAAUAAGAAGUUUUCUCUCUUCUCACCACAUCACCACCUCUCUUCUUGGCACUUUGGGCUACCACCACCACCUUGAACGACCGCCAGAUCAUCAUCAAACCUCUCACAAACAGGCUCACCGCCACUCUCCAGAUCACCAAACAAGACUUCAGACAAGCAACAUGCGUUUCUCUGCGCUCAUCACCUUCGCCCUGGGUGGCAUGGCCGUCGCCAUGCCCCAGGCCUCCGUCUCCGUCGGUGGCGCCUUGGCUCCCAAGGACGGCCCUCCUUCCGGCUGCGAGACCAACUUUGAUGGAAACUUCGGUCUCACCGUCGUCGAGCUCGGCAAGCGAAGCCUUGACAAGCGAGGCGCUUGCACUGGCGCGGGCUCCCUUGACCUCACUCUCAAGGACAGCGUCUUGACCGACUCUCAGAACCGUACGGGUUCCAUCGUCGCGAACUUCCAGUUCCAGUUCGACGGUCCUCCCCAGGCCGGUGUCAUCUACACCUCGGGCUUCUCUGUCUGUUCCAAUGGCUCUCUCGCUCUCGGUGGAUCUACCACCUUCUACCGCUGCCUCUCUGGUAACUUCUACAACCUGUACGACCGUCACUGGGCCGAGCAGUGCUCCCCCAUCCACCUCUCUGUCCUGCCCUGCGGUGAGAACGCCCCUGUCCCCUCGGGUGGCCAGAUCGUCGGAACCACCAUGGUCGCCACUACUCUCGUGACCGUCAUCGAGGAUGGCCAGCCGCAGGUGGUCCCCACCACCAUUCCGGUUCCCAUCUGCCAGAUCGACGAUGGCCAGAUCCAGGGUCAUACCACUCCGUGCGGCGAGCUCCCGCCCAUCACCCGCACCGCUUCUCAGCCCGAUGCCAGCCAGCCGCCCUACACUCCUCCUGGAACUCCCGUCGCGCCGCCUACUACCGCUACCGCUACCACUGCGCCCACUGUUCCGCCUGUCCAGUCGACCCCUCAGGUCUCGACCGUUCCGUCCAACACCACGGCGCCCGUCAACCCGCCCGGCGCGACCUCGACUUCCCCCGCGGGCACGACCACUCCGGUGGCUCCCCCCGUCGCUGCGGGCCAGAGCCUCGCUCCGGCCUCGCUCCUCGCUCUCGUCGCCACGCUCUUCGCGGCUCUGUACAUUGUCUAGAGAGGCUGCCCUCAGCACUGGAAAGUACUUAAUUGGUCUAGGCGAAGGGGUUCAGUGCACACAUUUCGCGACUUCUCACAGUCUUGCCUUGCAUUCGGCAGCUUUUUAAUGGAUGAUGACGAGAUACGGACUUCUCUUUUUUUACUUUCUGGGCGUGGGGACUGGAAAGGAAGGGUUUGCACGCUUUUGCAGACCGGAGUAGGGGCCUUGGCAUAGCAUGGCAUAGCAUGGCAUGGCAAAUAGAUCCCCAGAUCGGUAAUUAGUACCAAUACAACGAUAACAGCAGACUGUUUGUAC